AGCUCUCAGGUUUCGCAGACAAUUCGAUUUCUGCCGAAUGCAUUCCUGGAUCAACACAAACCCUUACUGUAAAUUACAGCAGAACUCUUUUUCACAGUACCAUGAGUGAGAGGGCUGAAAUGUCUCGGGGUUCUGUACCAGAUAAAACCAUUAAACAUCCAAACAAUUUUAGAACGAGUAAAAUACCUGUCCGUGCAAUCAAACCAUAUUCCUCGUCCAUCAAGCAUUUACAACAGUCCACAAGCUGGAGAACAUCUCUGUCCAAUCGUCAUUCCCAAAAUACCAUUAUCAAAGACCAGCACAAGUCUGAAAGAAACACCGCCUCUGCCAGUCACAGCAACGAAAGGCACUUUUUGGUGGCCAAGGAACCAGCACAAUCCACUUCCAUUACUUCUAAUCCACCAAAUUCAUCCAUCCAGGAUUCAUACAUAAAGCUGCAACAGCCUUCAGACCUCCUCAACACACUCAAACCUGCUACACUCAACAGUAAUCUUGAUGAGGUCUCCAGCACAGUGACAGACACAAACAUAAGGGGUUUUGAGGAUAAGACGAGGAAGAAACAGCAUAACAGUCACACUGUCAAACUCGAUGGAGAGGACAGUACCAAAACGGUACAACUGCAAGCGGGCAAACUAGCAUACGACCCUCAUACUCAACAAAUCAAACCUAUUUCAAGUAAAACAUUAACAAAAGCUUGCCAGAGAUCAACAGGAAGUGAAAUCCAGGACAGUGAGCAUCUGAAAAACAGCCUUCGUUCAUUCCAGCAGACAAACUGGAGAGAGAUGUCGCAAAGUAAGAUGAUUCAGAAUAGCUUACUGAUUUCAGAAAAGUCAGGGAUGAGCUUUUCUGUGGGUGCGAACAUCAAGCAACAGAUAAAGAACUCCAAAGAGUGCAGAAAAACUCAUGGGUUUAUACCAGAGUUCCCUGUGACAGACCUUCCAGGGGUCAGCCGAGAGGUCACCGAGCGAGACCUCGUCAGGAUACGCAGUCAGCGAUGGCAUGGUGUGAAUGGCUGUUACGAUAACCGGAAUAACUGGUAUGACUGGACUCAGUCCAUCACCCUGGAUCCAUAUGGGGAUGGGAGUAAAUUUAAGAUUUUGCCUUACGUUGGCAUAGAUUACAGACAGAGUUUUUAGAGGCAUGUUUCUUUAAAUCUUCAAA